CAAUUACUCUUAUAACGUCCCAAGUUUGUUAAAGCCAAUAAUAAAAGCCCAACACCCACACAACUCUCCUUCAUCUUCUCACCACGUUCUGCAGAUCUCUCUACCACAAACAGGAACCACGACCCUCUUCUCCCUCUCCUCCUCCUCCAUUCUCUAUAUACACAUUCAAAUACCCAGAUAAGAUAAAACUUCAUUAGUGAAAUACCCAUCAGAAGAGGGUGAUAAAGUUUGAAUCUUUUCUCUGUGCUUCUUUCUGGGUUUUCAAGAUGUGCUGCGGAGGGCGAGUGUGCAUGCUGUGCACAUGCUUGAUACUGGUUGUGAUCUUGAUUGGUCUCUUGUUUGGAUUUGGGGUUUUCAAGAAUGGCUUCCACAAGUUGAAGGACACAUUGCAUGAUUCGGAUCCCAACUUCACUGGAAGACCCUUCUUGGGCUUUGGAGCUCCUCCUCCUUUCUAGGGAUUCUCUCUCAUUCCAUGCCCUGUUUUCUUUUUAUAGUUUGUUGAUUUUAUUUUUUCUAUUUCUAGGAGUCUGUGAUUGUUCAUUGGGAUUUAUGUUGGAAUUACAGAUUUUUAAUUCUUUCAGCAUAUUUAUGGUUCAUUGUUCUUGAUCAUAUGAUGUUUGUCUCCUGAUUAUGAUUACCAAUUUAUGUCGGUUGGCUUGUUCUUUGCUGUUGACAAAAAGAAAAGUGAUAUGGUUGAGACUUUAUUCAACUGUGACAGUUAACACUAUUCCUAUUUUUU